AUGGAGUGGCAGCAGCAGCUCGAUGGCUUGAUCCAGCGGCUGCAGGCACAGGGUUCUGAAGCCCCUCGCGAGAAGAGCAACGCGCUUGCCCUCUUCAGCUUGCCGCAUCGAGAGGAGGACUUGGAUACAAUCUCCCUGGGCACCAAGCAGGAGAGAUCAAGCAGCACCAAGCAGGGUGGCGACUGGGCGGGCCUCUCGCUGACGCCCUCGCGCGCGAGCGCUUCCACCUCUGCGAGAAAGGACCCGUGUGAGGAGGACCUGGCGGAGUGGGAGGCGUCCCUGGAGCAGCGCGCCAGGCUCCUGGACGAGAUGGAGGCGUUGCUUGCCGGGCUGCCCGCAACCUGGGCAGGAGAGCCCAGUUGCAUAGAGCCCCAGGCGGCAGAUGUGCAGCGAGCCAGUUGCAUGCCCAGGUGA